AAACACAGGAAGUAGGACAGUUUAAGUGAUCCCCUUGUGACAUACACUUUCAUCUCAGGCUGCACGUUUAUUUCAACAGUUUUAGUAACAUUUAAAAGAAAACUUAUUUGCACUUUAUUUGCAGAAAUGGGGAUUGAGGCCUGGUACAUGGACAGUUCUGAUGAAGACCAGAGAAAACCGCACAAAUUGAACCCAAAUCAACCUCUCUCUAUGGAGGACUUACAAAAGCUUGGUGUUUAUCACUGGAAGUUAAAUGCUGAUAUAUAUGAAUCAGACCCAGAAUUGGAGAAAAUACGUAAAGAACAAGGUUACUCCUAUAUGGACAUCAUCACUAUUCACAAAGACACACUGCCCAACUAUGAAGAUAAGCUGAAGAUGUUUUUUGAGGAGCACUUACACCUGGAUGAUGAAAUUCGUUACAUCCUCGAUGGUCAGGCCUACUUCGAUGUUAGAGACAAAGAGGACCGAUGGAUCCGGAUCUCCAUGAGCAAAGGAGACCUGAUCACUCUGCCUGCUGGUAUCUACCAUCGCUUCACUCUGGAUGAGACUAACUACACCAAAGCUAUGAGAUUAUUUGUGGGAGAACCAGUUUGGAAAGCCUACAACCGUCCUGCUGAUGACUUUGACAUCAGAAAGAAGUAUCUAGCUUCUUUACAAGGAUCUUGAACAUUUAGAUUUAAUCCGCCCAUCUACAUGGACCUGGCACAAUAGACAAGUGAAUGAUUUUGUUUUCCAUAAUUCAUGUUGUGAUCACUUUAAGAUUUCAUUUACUACUUUGUUUGUUUCUGAGCCCUUGCCAAGGUAAUGAAUUAUUCUAGACUUAUUGUUGGUGAUUUUGGCUUUGUCAGUCAAAUUAAAUAACACUAAACUCCAAGAUAUGUGCCAUAUUAGAGUGCCUUUUCAGCUGCUGACUGAUGAUCUGAAUUCCCAAAUAAUUUUGAAAACAAUGACGCUGUGUUUUAGUGCAUUUUUGGUUUAAUGAAAAAGGAAGUUUAUUUAGAUUAAAACAUAUUUAAUUUUCUUAUAUAAAUAUGAUUAACACAGUAUGUAAACAUUAAUUAAAGACUCACCAGCACAAAUCAAUAAAACGUAUGACAUUAGGUCAAACAAUCUACGAUGUACAAUACGAAUCUGCAUUUUACAUUCUCCAUAGUGAGAAAUAUAAUCUGGGUGAGUUGUUUACCUUCUCUGCACAUGGCUUAAUAAACUAAUGAGGAACAGACA